AUAUGGCCGAGUUCAUUGCGUUAUCUUUAUAACUAUAAUAUAUUAUUUACACAUUACUAUUAUAAUGAGCUGACGUGGAUCUAUUACAAAGCUUAUAACUUAUGCAUUCCAAGUGAACACAUUGUAAAAUAAUUACAUGUGACAAUGGCCGGGGCGCCGGUAAAGUUAGGUUCAAUACUAUCUUUAUGUGUUGUGUUCUAUGCGAUAUUUUAUAGAAAAGAUAAAUUCGAAGAUGUGAGACUGUCUUCAGUUAAAGAACAUCUGUUAAAUUUAGAAAAUGAGAAUAAAGUAGGUUCUGGUACACAACAGCCUAAGGUGGCCCUUGGUUAUGGAGCUUGCCAUGACCUUUUCGUCAACGCAACGUCCUUGUUAAAUCCAAAAGAUUUAAAAGGAAGUCCUGAACAUUUUAACGAUAUAUCCAGUAAAGAAGAAUUUUUAAAAAGUUUUACCUAUUUCUUCAAACAUGGUGCUGCUGCGGAGCGAUUUAUGUCUAACAGUGCACUUUAUGAUGAACUUGUCGAAGAAUCAUUAAAACUACCAGACACUAGAUGGGCUAUUGGAGGAAAUGCACCUCUCAUGGCAAAGAGAUUUUAUAUAGAAGGAUGGAAGGUGUUACUAGGUGCAAAAAUGAGCAAAAAAUUAAAAAGUUACAUUCCGAAAGAUAUAGAAAUAGUUGGUGAUAAUGGUAAUGAAGAAGUAAAGGACGAUGUCCAUAUGAUAUUAGAAUAUAGGGCUGAUGAAAAGUUUGGUGAAUAUAAAUCACCGAGGGCAAAUAGAUACAUUAUGCAUAAUGAUGAAAACAAUCCUCUGCUGACUUCCUUAGAGAAGUUAGGAGAACAUUUAGUACGCUUCAGUCCUAACUUGCUAGUCAUUAGUGGUUUGCAGAUGAUGGAUAAUUUUCCAUUUAAACAAAAUGGCAAAGAUUUAAGGGCAGAAAGACUAGAACUUGUGAAGCAACAAAUUCUAUCCCAGCCAGUAAAUACUUUAGCUCACUUUGAGAUGGCGAGCUAUGUAGAUUUAGAAUUACUCUUACACUUAACAACAAAAGUAUUACCAUUUGUUGACUCAGUUGGCAUGAAUGAACAGGAACUCUCGAACCUCAACAGUGUGUUAGAACAUGGGAAAGUUAUGGUUGUUGCUGAUUCUAAUCCAAGAGUAGCUACAGCAUUAGACCAGAUGCGUAAAACAUUCCAAAUUAUUAGACAAAAGAACUCUGAAAAUGGUAGCAAGAGGAAAUUGACACGAAUUCAUGUACACACUUUAGCAUAUCAAGCUAUUUUGACUGUAAAGGGCUCACAUUGGAAGAGAACAAAGGCAGCUGCUGCUAAAGCUUCCUUAACAGCUCAUAGAUAUGUUUGUGAUAGUCAAAAUAUAGCUUUAGAUAAAUGCAAGCUUCUUCUAGAUGAUAGCUUUUCAACAACAACAGAUGAUAGCAAUAACAGCAGAGUAUUUUUUGAAGAAACAAAACCAGUAGCCUGCUGGGAUGAGGUACUGGAUAAUGAUGAAGUAGAUAUUUGUGUGGCUCCUGUUCUUAUCUGUACUGAAGCUCAAUUGACAGCUGGUGCAGGAGAUAACAUUUCUGCCGCAGGCUUAGUUUUACAAGUGGAGAAAUGAGUCUUAGGUUGAUAUAAAAAAAACUCUAUGUUUGUACAAUUUGGUGUUAGGCUUAUUUUAUGGAUCAAAAUAUUUAUUUAUUAAACUAACAGUAAAACUUAUUAUUAUUUAUGACUAAAGUUUUAAACUCGCUAGGAAUAUUAUUAUUUUUUAAUUUACAAAUAUGUAAAAUAUUUAACUUCCACACUAUAUUUAUAGAAAAAAACAUUUUUUCUAUAGAUCUGCUUAAUAUAUAACCUAUUUUAUUACAAUGAACAAUAUAUUACAAACAAAUUUUGACUAAAUAACAGUUUAUAAGUGUAAGAUUUUCAUUGAUAUUCCGUAAUGUUCUAAAUUUAAUUAUAGAAUGUGCCAUUUUAUUAAUUAUAUCGUGCCUAUAAUGUUGUAUUGUGUUCAUUAUUUUGAAUAUGUAUAUAAAAGUACAAUGUAUCAAUGACUGCAUAUUUAUAU